AUGUUUCGGAAUAAGUCUGCCUGGUUUUCAAGCAGUGUGCCACAGGCAUGCCACAACUUCUGGUUAUUGGAGGGUGGGACCACCGCUGGUUGGAGAACAGCAGAUUACCUAUUCAGUGAAGAUGCCACAUGUCCUGAUACUUUGAGGAUAUUUGACAGCAAAGAUUACCUGUGGAGCAAGGUGGUGGUUUUUCACUGCUUGUUUCUGUCCACCUGUGAGAAGCGCCAGAGCGUGAAGUCUGUGUGCAUUGGACAUUAUGUGCUGCCUCCAGCCUCGGUGCAGGAUGAAGUGAGAAACAUGGUUGGGAGGUUGAUUUGGGAGUGUGAAGAUGAGCAGUUAGCACAGGCUUCCCAUAAGAGUCACCAGGCAGAAGAUGAGUCCAGUGAAGGAGAAGUCAGCAGAAGCGAUUCUGAACCAUCUGACUCAGACUCAUCGGAAAGUAAAUGUGGUAAUUUGCAGGAAUAUCCAGAUAGUAACAUGCCUACAGGCUAUGUCAGCAUGGACAGCCUGCAGAAAUAUUCAGGUGAUCUGUGUGAUUUCUUUCCCGGGUGUUUCCGAUGCUCCAACUGUAAAGACCACUGCUGCUUGCAGUACACAAAUGCAAACAUACACUAA